AUGACACGCAAAGACGGAACUGAGUCGGGAAAUGACGAAGUCCAAAAUCAAAUGGUUGCACAAGAGUCAGUAUCUGUAGAAGAGGUCAAAAUGUUGAGACAACAGAUGGCCAAAAUGUAUGAAGCUUGGAUGAAUGGGCAGGCUCCCCCAUCUUCUAUUCGGGAAUACCUAAAUGUGAAUAUGCCAUUCCCCAUUCAAGUCUCAACAAGUGACCCAAUUUAUCCACCUGGAUUUGGACCCUACGUUAACACAUCUAAUACUGCUGGAACUUCCUCGGUACACCCGUUGAAUCCACCUAUGAUGAACAAUCCACUCUUCAUGCCAACUGUGCAAACUAAUGCAAUUCCUCAACCAACCCUAGCACAAAAAUCUAAUGAUGAUCCUAUACCCAACUAUCAAUACGGCCAAAGUCAGGCCUCUAAAUUGACUUUCAAAAUUCCUGACUCUUACCACCACACUCAUCAAUAUAGUUCCCCCGUCGAGGUUGAAAAAACCACUAAGGACGAGGAACAUGAAGAAAUUGCAAGAAAAAUGAGGAGUUUGGAGCAAAACAUAAGGAAUACGCAAGGGCUGGGAGGACACAAAAGUGUCUCGUUCAAGGACUUAUGCAUGUUUCCAGAUGUUCACUUGCCUAUAGGGUUCAAAACUCUAAAGUUUGAUAAGUAUAACGGUCAUGGUGACCCAGUGGCUCAUUUGAAAAGAUUUUGUAAUCAGCUAAGGGGAGCCGAAGGAAAAGAAGAACUUCUUAUGGCUUACUUUGGAGAAAGUCUAACGGGUGUAGCCUCAGAAUGGUUUAUCGACCAAGAUAUUUCUCGAUGGCAUGUCUGGGAUGACAUAGCGCAAGAUUUUGUCCAACAAUUCCAAUACAAUAUUGAUAUCGUUCCGGAUCGCAAUUCCCUAGCUAAUAUGAAGAAGAAAUCGUCUGAAAGCUUUAGGGAAUAUGCCAUAAGAUGGAGGGAGCAGGCGGCUAGAGUCAAAUCGCCGAUGAAAGACUAUGAAUUGAUUGAUGUUUUUCUCCAGGCACAAGAACCUGACUACUUUCAUUACCUUCUCGCUGUAAUGGGGAAGCCUUUCGCCGAAGCAAUUAAGAUCGGAGAAGUGGUAGAGAACGACAUAAAAUCGGGUAAAAUUGUAAGCCAGACAGCCAUUAGAGCUACCACACAAGCAAUACAAAGCGGGUCAGGUAAUUUUGUAAAUCGAAAAAAGAAAGAAGAAGGGUCCAUGAUGACGUCUGGAUCGAGAGGUAUUCAAAUGGGCAUGAACCACCCUUAUGUUCAAGUCCAACAAGAACAAUCUAAUUCUCCUCAACACUAUUACACAUCCCAAUAUGUAGUUCUCAACACUCAAGCAUAUGUCCGACCUCCUCAGCGCCAACAAUGGCGGGCACCUGCCUCACAAGGAUUGGUUGAACCUGUCAAUCCCUAUUUUGUCAAUCCGAAUGCAAGAGGCUUUGAUCCAACUGUUAUAUGUGAGUAUCACGCUAACACUCCAGGUCAUAGUACAGAGAAGUGUUGGACUCUAAAAAGAGUCAUUGAGAAGUUGAUUGAGGAUAAGGUAAUUGAGAUACGCAAUGAGGAGGCGCCAAAUGUCACCAAUAACCCACUCCCUGCUCACAAUAAGGAGCAUAUUGUGGGGAUGGUAGACAUUUAUGAAGAUUGUGAGCAAACAUGUAAAACAAAAAUGGGAAGCAGAGAUUCAGAAGAAGAGUCGAAUAUGGUUUUAGAACCCAUACAAAAGGCACCGAUAAUUGUGAAUGGUGCAAGUUCAAAUUUUGGAGACUCGAGAAAACUCGUGUUGUAUGUCCCUGGAGCUAUAAAAAGAAGAGAAGUACCGUUGAAUGGACCAAAAUUAUACGUUCCUGGUAAGCUUCGAGCAUUUGGUCAAAAUCAAGAAAGUGUGAAAGAGCCAAUUGUGAUAAAAAUUGCAACGCAACUUCCGAUGACAAACACCAAGACCUUUCCAUGGAACUACAACAAAGUCGUUGUUACCCACAAGGGAAAAGAGAUUAUUGAAGAAACAAAUGAAACAAGAGGAUUAACUCGUUCUGGGAGGUGUUAUGCUCCAGAAGAAUUAAGAAGAGACAAACAAGCCAAAGAAAAUCAGUUGCCGGUUAAAAAACCUGUCACUGAGGAGGAGGCUGAAGAGUUCUUGAAAAAGAUGAAAGCUCAAGAUUAUUCUGUUAUUGAUCAAUUGAGGAAAACACCCGCUCAGAUAUCCUUAUUGUCAUUCUUCAUACAUUCUAAAGAGCAUCGUGAAGUUUUGACCAGAAUCUUAAAUGAGGCACAUAUCUCAGAAAGUAUCACGGUGGGUAACUUGGAAAAGAUGGCCAACCGAAUAUUUGAGGUAAAUAGAAUCACUUUCACUGAUGAUGAAUUGCCUUUGGAAGGAUCUGGGCAUAAUAAGGCGUUACAUUUAACCGUGAAAUGUGAAGAACACUAUGUGAAGAGGGUCAUGGUCGAUGGAGGAUCGGGUGUAGACAUAUGCCCUCUUUCGACUCUACAAAGGUUGAAAAUCAACACGGAUAGGAUUCGUACUAACAAUGUCUGUGUGCGUGCAUUUGAUGGCGCAAAACGGGACACUCUUGGUGAAAUAUACUUAACUGUUACCAUUGGACCAGUGGAGUUCGGAAUCACUUUCCAAGUAAUAGACAUGGACACUUCUUACAAUCUACUUUUGGGUAGGCCAUGGAUCCACCUAGCUAGAGCUGUUUCGUCUACUCUGCACCAAGUGGUCAAGUUUAAGCAUGAUAAACUGGAAAUCAUUGUCCAUGGUGAAGAUGAUCUCCCAAUCACCCGAGAUCCUUCAAUACCAUGCAUUGAGGCCAAAAGAGGUUGUGAAUCCCUCAACUAUCAGGCUUUUGAGAUUAUAACAGUCAAUCAGUUUUUGGAGGGAAAGCCUAUACCACAACCUCAUCUAUCAUCUGCUUCAGUCAUGGUGGUGUCCCAGAUGGUACAAAACGGCUAUGAACCUGGAAAGGGACUAGGGUUGUCUUUGCAAGGAAUUGUAGAUCCCAUCAAUCCGAUGGGUAAUCAAGAGACAUUUGGUUUGGGUUUCAAUCCAACUAGAUUUGAUAGAAAAUGGGCAAAAGAUCGUAAAAGAAAUGUUUGGAAUUUGCUGAAGCCAAUCCCUCAUAUUGCUCAAUCUUUCGUUAAAUCUCGAGGUGAACUGAGUCCAGACUUCUCUAUCCAGAAUGAUGUGGAUGAAAUAUGUCAAGGUAUCAAGGAAAUAUUUUAUGAUGUAAACAUGACUCAGAUGGGUGAAGGCACUAGUCACAUGGAUGUGCAAUUCAUCGGCCCGAAUGUCCAGCUCAACAACUGGAAAGCGACUCUUCUCCCUACAAGGAGGGAGUCUUGGUAG